AUGUCGCUCUUGGAGCAGCUCCAAUCAGUCGGCCGCUUGCUUUCAGCCAGUGCAGAGGUUGUCGCGUGAAUGCCAUUGCUGAAAACUUGUUAAAACGUGUGCGACUAAACGAUUUAAAAACGCCGACGCUCGUACACCUGACGACAUUGAUGGCUUACAAUCUGGAUAGCUAGUAAACCAGGGAUGUAGGAGUGAGCGGGCGUGUCGCGCUACUUAAAUAUAAAACCCGUUUCGUUUUAAUAUUGUUUUUGCGUGGUAAUAACUAACAUUCCGGCGCUAGAAUAGAUUUGUUAUCAAAUCAAUCAAUGUAUGUAAUGCAAGACGACGAAUGAAGUGAAGUGAUUUGUUUAAGACUAUAUUAACGCACAGAUUGUGAGUGAUAUAUGUGACAAUCGACUUUAGAAAAGAGCAAAAGAAAGAAAUAAAAAAUCAGAAUGCAGAAUUCAACGUCUUCUUGUGCCUGGUAUUUGCCCUGGUCGUUGGCUGCCCAACAACAUCAUCACAAGCUGAUGGCCCUGCAGACACCCUUUGCUGACAAAGUGGCCGUAACGCCACAAGGUGCAAUAUACGCGCCACAGCAUCAAUUGCAACAACAACAACAUCAGCAGCAGCAACAGCAACAUCAUCAGCAGCAACACCACCACCAGCAGCAGCAGCAGCAACAUCAGCCGCAGCAACAUUCACCGAACACGGCAGCAGCACCGCCAACCAACUAUCAACAGCCAGCAUUGCAUCCCAGUGCCGGCACCCAUUUUCCCAUGGCACCCGCUUUCAAUUUUGGCCAGCCAAUGUUGGGUGCCACCCAGACGCCCAGUUAUCCGGGACAGCUGGCGCAGAGCACGCCGGCACACGCACAUCCCCACAGUCACUCCCAGACGCAGCAGUUGUUGCAAUCGGCGAUGUUUUCGCCGCUUUCGUUGAGCGCCUAUUAUACGGCAGCAGCGGCAGCAGCAGCAGCUGGAGCUGCAGGCGCUAAUCAUGGCGCUUUUGGUGGCGUCUCCUUGUCCGCACAGCAGGCGCUAUUGGCGGCUGCCUCAGUGGCUGCCACAACGCCAGCAGGCUUAAUGCCACAGACAACACAGGUGCCGGUGCAGGUGCCCGUGCCAGUGCCACGCCCCGCACCACCGCCUUCUGCAUGCACCCUUGUGCAGUCGCUGAAUUGCAUGCCACAGGAUCUGCAGCAUCUCUCUUCCAUUAAUCUCAAUCUGGGUGGCGUCAUGGCCCUAAGGAACCAUGCAACCGCCUCGGGCCUCACAACCAUCAAAUCGCUACCAAAUGCCGCCGCCGCUUUGUCGAUUAACAGAAAGCUUACUUCAGUGGGCGAAUCAGAGAAACAGAAACUAAAAAUUCCUGAGAAGCGGAAAACUGAGGACACUGAGCAAAUUAAAGAUUUGAAAAAGGCAAAACUCGAGACAAAGGCCUUGAAAGCAAAAAGACCUGGCUUUACUGAUGAACGAUAUCAGGAGACUUCCUACUAUACAGAAAAUGGUCUUAGAAAAGUCUAUCCCUAUUACUUCACCUUCACGACCUUCACAAAAGGUCGUUGGGUGGGCGAAAAGAUACUCGAUAUAUUCUCAAAGGAGUUUCGGGCCCAUCCAGCUGAGGAGUAUGAGCGUUGUAUACAGACGGGCACGUUAACCGUUAAUUUCGAGAAGGUUCCCAUCGAUUAUCGGCUGAAACAUAAUGACUUGUUAGCCAAUAUUGUGCACAGACACGAAGUACCCGUCACUUGCCAACCAAUCACAAUUGUGCAUAUGGAUGAGGACAUUGUGGUUGUUAAUAAACCGGCCUCUAUACCCGUUCAUCCGUGUGGACGAUAUAGGCACAAUACUGUCGUAUUUAUACUUGCCAAGGAAUUUAAUCUGAAGAAUCUUCGCACAAUUCAUCGUCUUGAUCGGUUAACUUCUGGUCUCUUGUUAUUCGGAAGGAGCCCAAAGAAAGCACGUCAAAUGGAACAACAGAUUCGGAAUAGACAGGUGGAAAAGGAGUAUAUCUGUCGAGUGGAGGGAAUUUUUCCAGACGGUAUUGUGGAGUGCAAGGAGCCAAUAGAGGUGGUCAGCUAUAAGAUUGGAGUGUGUAAAGUCUCUCCAAAGGGCAAAGAUUGUACCACAACUUUCCAGAAGUUAUCUCAGAAUGGAACCACCAGCGUGGUUCUCUGCAAACCACUCACAGGACGUAUGCAUCAGAUACGUGUACAUUUGCAAUACUUAGGUUAUCCUAUACUUAAUGAUCCGUUGUACAAUCAUGAGGUCUUUGGGCCACUGAAGGGUCGAUCUGGCGAUAUUGGUGGCAAAACUGACGAUGAACUUAUACGAGAUCUCAUUAACAUACACAAUGCUGAAAACUGGUUGGGAAUCGAUUGUGACUCCGACAUAUCAUUGUUCAAAAAUACUAAGGAUGAAACUGAUUUGGAGAGCUUAAGCAGCGAUCAAACUUUUGCCGUGCACCACAGCGAUGAUGAUGUGGGGACUAAUUCACGCGAAACCUCACCCCCCUGUGUGGAAAACCAACAAGCCUUAGAUCCCAUUAAACAACCAGAACCACAACAACAACAAGAAUGUGCAAAUAUUAGCCAAGGACUUGCAGUUAAAACUGAUGAGACACCCGUUAUUUCUUCAGUGUUGCAAAACACGAACGGCUCUGUGGAUAUUGGUUUGGCGUCCGAUAAAGUUGUUAUUGAUAAGCAUUGCUAUGAGUGCAAGGUGCACUAUCGCGAUCCAAAGCCCAAGGAUCUUGUCAUGUACUUACAUGCCUGGAAAUAUAAGGGACCCGGCUGGGAGUACGAAACUGAGCUACCAUCCUGGGCACUUGCGGAAUGGGAGGACUGCGACUUGACCUCAGAUAAAGUUGUGAAUCAAUAAAGUAUAUAUUUUAUAAUCUAUCGCCGA